GAAUGCCUGCUCCGUGGAAAGGACUGAAGGCCAGGCUGCAUGGCCUUCAAGCAACCUGGGCUACGGGGAGGUAUCCCAGCCUAUAGCAAUGGGUUGGAACUAGAUCAUCUUAAAGGUCCUCUCCAACCCAAACCAUUCUACAAGCCCAUAACAGAAAGUAACACUACCCAGCAGGUCCGCACGCAGCAAAUAAAAGCCAAUUCUCAGGAAGACGGAAGGGAAAGAGCAACAUCCGAGCUGGUGGAACGAGAUGCUGGGACAGAGGCUCCCCACCCGAUCGCCAGAGCCCCGGCGAAACGCAGGGCUCACCCCUGUAGCCGGAGCCAGCUACUCGGCACGAGGCAGGACGCGAUGCCGGAACCCGGAGCCCACAGGCAGAACCCCCGGGCCAGGCCCAGAGCUCCGCACCGCAGGCCCAGCCGUCCCAACGGCCGCCGCAGGCCCGGCCUGCCGCCUACCCGCCAGGUAGUUGGUCCACUUGUACAGGACUCCCUCCAUCGCUCAGAGCCCCGCUCCGGGCCGCAUCCUCCUGAUCCGCCGCGCGGAAAGGCGGGCGCCGCUACGGAGAUAAAGCUCGGCUCGUCUCUUAUCCCCGCCGCUGCUCCCUGCGCGGAGGCGGAGCCGCCCGGCCCAGCUCGGCCCGACCCGGCCCGGCUCAGCCCAGACGCGGCGCGGACCGCGGCGGCCCCGGCGGCGCCACCCGCCCGGUGGGGCGCUCCGCGUUUCCCAUGCGCGCUCCCCCGGCCGCUCCACUUCCUGGGCCCGCCCACCCGGGAGGGAGGCUCUGCCCCUCCGCCCGCGGCCGCAGUGCCACGCCGGCUGAGCGCGAUGAGCCCCGGGCUGAGCUUGAUCCUCGCGGCGCUGGUCCUGCUGGCGGCCUCGGAGCGGGCCGAGGGCAGCGCGGCGGAGGAGGAGGUGAAGAUAGAGGUGCUGCACCUCCCCGAGAGCUGCAGCCCCAAGAGCAAGAAGGGGGACCUACUGAACGCGCACUACGACGGCUUCCUGGCCAGCAACGGCUCCAAGUUCUACUGCAGUCGGACACAAAAUGAUGGUCAUCCAAAAUGGUUCGUUCUGGGUGUUGGACAAGUCAUAAAAGGGCUGGAUAUUGCUAUGAUGAAUAUGUGCCCUGGAGAAAAACGGAAAGUGGUCAUCCCUCCAUCGUUAGCAUAUGGACAGCAAGGAUAUGAGCAGGGCAAGAUUCCACCAAAUGCAACACUCAUUUUUGAGAUUGAACUUUAUGCAGUAAAUAAGGGACCUCGCAGUGUUGAAGCAUUUCGUCAAAUAGACAAGGACAAUGACAAGAAGCUCUCUGAACUCGAGAUAAGUGAAUAUUUGAAAGAAGAAUUUGCAAGAGAUGGCAAAAAACGUCAUCCCUCAGUCCAUGAUGAAAUUUUAGCUGACAUAUUUAAGAAGAAUGACCAUGAUGGAGAUGGCUUCAUAUCAGCUAAGGAGUACAAUGUCUACCAGCAUGAUGAACUCUAAUUACCUGUAAAAUCUUAGGCUGUUUUAUGGACAGUAAGUUUUAAAAAAAUCCAAAGUAAUACUUCAUUACAGAAUAUUUUGCUGGUUUUUUUUGGUUUUGUUUUGUUGUUGGUUUUUUUUUUUUUAAUAGUGGCAUCUUAUUAUUUCUGAGGUGACUGUAAAAUACUGUUUUUAACAUUUGGCUAAUAAAAUGUUUUAGACGUUACAAAAUAAAUAAAAUUGGAGAACACCAAGAUCUA